GUGGUUUUACUUGUUCAUUGCAUUGUUUCAGUUUAAUAAAUAUUUAAUUUUUGUGCACAGCUGUUAACUUACUGUAUGAUAGAUUACUUGCUCAGUGACUGUAUGUUUAAUGUUGUUUAUAAUUGUUGUUUAAGUGUUACUGCAAUAAAAGAGACUUCUACUAAUAUUUAACAGCUUAUUGUUUCAAACCAAUUUGUUAUUCAAAGUGUUCCAUGAAGAAAGUGCGCUUCGAGUCUCCCAUUAAAAUAUUUAAUAAAAGAAUGGAUGAUUUAGAAUGCCAUUCGCCGAGACCAUUCAUUGAAAAACAAGUUUUAUCUGGUAGAUCUGAUAUCUGUGAUGGUUAUCCUAGACUACUGGCAUAUAACCCAGAUCCAGUGCAAAGAUUUGAAAAUAGUAAUAACUCACCUCACCCUGGAGUAACUAAAACUUUCGUAUCAGAUUGUGCUUCACACUUGAUGCCAUGUAAUGACUUAGAUCUAAGUAUGCUUGAUGGAUCUUCGCAUAUACCUAGGAAACCGAUUAAUAAUAAUGAGCGAAUUUUUUCAUGUAAGGAAAAACUUCUUUGUGGCGGGCAUUCCAAUGUAAGUAGUGAUAAUUUUAUACAGAAAUCACGACAUGUAUUAUCUCCAAUUGAGAAUAAAGAAACAGUUGAACAACCUGGUAAUAUCAGAAACAAUAUGUUUUUUAUAAGACGUGAUAAUUUAAAAGAAUUAAAUUUACAAAAUGUUUACCCAUUACAAAAUCAAUUAAGCAGAUUAAGCUUAAAUAAAGAAAAUGUUUCUCUAGCAAAACAAGCUGAGAUAGCUAGAUUAUCAAUAGGAAACACUUCAAACAAUACAGAAAUGCAUUCAUUAAAAUCUGCGAAUGUACCUGAUGAAUGUAGGUGCCAUCAUUGUGUCAAGUUGAUUCAGAAUGCGCCAUGUAGAUCCAACCAACUUAACCAAUUUACAACUGAUAAUUGCAAUAAGUAUGUCAAAAGUAUGGGCCAAUUUUGUAAUAUUGCAUCCGAAUGUGAACAUAGAUUGCGGCAUCCUCAGAAAAGUUAUCAAUGCAGUAAUUGUAUUCAAAUUGAACAGCAACCAAUAAUUUGCCAUUGUAGAAAAGAACCCUCCAAUACUACUGAAGUGGUUGAUAAAAAGACAUGGAUGUUAAAAAAGUAUGACAGAAUGAAACAGCAAGAAGUUGCAAAUCAAAGUGUUGUUGUCAAAGAGAAAAGAGAACCAACAGUAGCAGACCUUUUCAAAAUUAUCAAACUUCAAAAUGAACAACUCCAACUUCUACAAGAGAAAGUAGAUAAAUUUAUAUCCACUAGUAGCAGUAAGAAUGUUAAUGAACCUGGGAAGAAUUAUAUGACUGAGCAAGCAGCUCUUGAGACUGCUGGCACUGAACACCAGAAAAUAUCAGUAGGUGUUAUGACUAGCUUUGAGAUGGUAAGAACAUCAACUGUGAUAAACAAGGAGACAGUUACUCAAACAAAUGAAAGUGGACAAAUUCAAUGCAAUAGAUCUCAAAUUAGCAUAAGGGAAGUCAUAUCUACAAGUCAGCAAGGCAAUCCGAACUUUUUGGAUGGUAUAACACCUUUUAGCAAAGAAGCAUCUGUACAAAAUGUAGAUCAUGAUCAUAUAAUCAAGUUGCAGAAAAGUAACGAAGAUCACCUGGCAGCUCCAAAUGAAAUUAUCAAUGAUGAUAAAACAUUGAAUGAACUCAGUCUCUAUAAUGUUCAAGUAGAUAAUGCUAUUACACCUUUGCUAUCACCAGAACAGAGCUUAUAUUUGGAUGUUAGAGAUUAUAGUGAUUCUGACUCUGGCAGUGAUGACAACUCCAAUGUUGGCUGGACAUACUACAAUAAAGUAAUGACUCAUGUGAAUGGUAUGUUACAAGACUCUGACAUGCCAUCAUCAGCUAGUGCAAUGUAUAGAAAUACACGCCAGCAGUGUAUUCAAAUGCAAAUUGACAAGACUAAUGUUAGUGUGACUAAAAGAGUUAAAUUUGGUGAUGAUCCCCUGGGUAUUCAACAGCCACAUAUAUAUACCACUUCUACUGAUACAAGCUUGAAAAUGAACCAGUUGGCUGCCAAGUAUCUGAAAAAUUAUACACCCUCACCAAUAUACCAACAAGUGCCAGUAACCAAACUUACUGCGAUGCCUACCGACAUGUCUUUCGCUACUCGAAACUACAUGGAGAGACAUAAAAUUUUACAAGGUGGUAACAUUGUUCCAUCGCAACCCUGUCCCGCAGUUGAUUUGCCAAAAUUCUUAGACAUAACUACUUUGAAACAACAGCCAAAGUUUUUAUAGAAAACAUGAAUUGUAUUUGUUACAUUUGUAUAUUUUGUAAAUAAAAAUGCAAAAAACUUGAACAGACAUUUAUUUAAAUCUCAGAGAAAAU